UUGAAGAAACUUGCUUUGUUCCCCUUUACCCAUCUUUUCACGGAGAGAGAUGGAUAACGACGAGUUAAUGCAAUUGUUUUUCAUUUACAUUUGAUGUAUACAAGUCGUUCAUGUACGUUAUUUCAAGAUCUACAUAGAUUCUGCUUACUUAUGAGUCUGCAACUACACAACAACAAACAUAUUAUAUUGUUUAUCAUCCUCUCUCCCCACACCCCUAUUCUUAUUACUUUCAAAAAACAGUGCAUAGUUUACCACUUCACCAAUCAUUGAGAAUUAUCAAACCUUGGUUUGGGUUACAUACAAUCUUUUUCUCUUUUUGAGUGAGUUUUAGCAUACAACAAUGACUAGCAACAACGUUAAUGACAACAACAAAAACAGUGACAACUGGUUGGGUGUCUCUCUUUCUCCUCAUGACUCUCAUCCUUCUUCAAAUCCCACAGCCUUUUUCACUCUCCCUUCUAACUUCAACUACCAAAACAUCUACUAUGGUGGAGUUGAGGGUGUAAAUGGUGGUGGAAUAUACUCAUCUUUUCCCACCAUGCCACUCAAAUCUGAUGGUUCACUUGGGAUGGUUGCUUCCACAACACCAAAACUUGAAAACUUUUUUGGUGGUGUAAUAAUGGGGACCUCAGGUUUGGAUAAUCAUACUAGUACAAUGUACUACAACCAAAAUUACCAUAUUCAACCUCAACACUACCAAGAUUACUCCGGGUUGUACCCAAUAGUACAACAACAUGAAGCCAAGAUUGUUGCUAAUACUACUUGUGGCCUUUAUCUGCCAUCUAUUGGAGAAGGUUGGAUUUCAAACAACUACCAUUCUGGUGAUGGUUUACAGUCCCUUAGGUUGUCAAUGAGCCCUGGAUGUUCACAAUCAAGCUCAUGUGUCACUGUUUCACAGCAACAAGUCACACCUGUUGCUACUAGUGUUACUGAAACUGUGGUUAUGGAUACAAAGAAAAGAGGGUCUGCUAAGGUGAACCAACAUAAGCAGAUUGUUCACAGAAAGUCUUUAGAUACAUUUGGUCAAAGAACCUCCCAGUAUAGGGGUGUCACCAGGCAUAGAUGGACAGGUAGAUAUGAAGCUCAUUUAUGGGACAACAGUUGCAAAAAAGAAGGGCAGACCAGGAAGGGAAGACAAGUUUAUCUGGGGGGUUAUGAUAUGGAAGAGAAAGCUGCUAGAGCUUAUGAUCUAGCAGCACUCAAGUAUUGGGGACCUUCUACUCAUAUUAAUUUUCCGUUGGAAAAUUAUGAACAAGAGCUUGAAGAAAUGAAGAAUAUGUCUAGACAAGAAUAUGUUGCUCAUUUAAGAAGGAGAAGCAGUGGUUUUUCUAGGGGUGCUUCCAUUUAUAGAGGAGUAACAAGACAUCAUCAACAUGGCAGAUGGCAAGCUCGAAUCGGUCGUGUAGCCGGGAACAAGGAUCUUUACCUAGGCACAUUUAGCACCCAAGAGGAUGCUGCUGAGGCUUACGACGUGGCUGCAAUCAAAUUCCGUGGCACAAACGCCGUUACAAACUUCGACAUGACUAGGUACAAUGUCGAAAAGAUCAUUGAAAGCAACACCCUUUUAACCGGUGAACUAGCAAGGCGAACCAAAGACCUCGAACCCACGGACCAGCCUAAAACCAUUGCGAGUGAACCCGUUUCAAUGGUGAGUUCUAUAGCUAUGGAUGCAUGGAUCCCAACAGCAACAACACAUGAAGUGAGGUCUCAGAUCCCCAUAUUUGGUGCAUGGACGGAUGCAUAGUCGACAAUGGAGUCAAGAAAGAAUGUGUGGGUCCCGAGGACGUGACCCGUCCCUUAACUAGCUGACAACAGCUCUGAAUUGCCACUGUGGUUGGGUUCUUUUUCUUUUUGAAAUAGGAAGGGUAGUUUAGGUAUUAUGUAGGAUAUUGUAGGGUUUCUAUUUCCAAAAGUAUUCAAACCCAUGAAAAACCAUUUUAGUUUGUAAUGAAAAAAAGCCAGAAAAAGGUUGAAUGGAAAAUGAUGAAAGUAGGUUCAUGA